UUGCCGGCAUUUAGCAUUUAACUUUAAGCGAGUUCGGUCAGCCAGCGAAGUUGGUAGAGUCAGUCACAGUCAGAAAGUAGUGCGGGAUCGUUCACAUGAUGUGGUGCAAAACAGUUAUUGUGUUGCUGGCGACAGUCGGCUUCAUUAGUGCCGAGGUCUACUUAAAGGAGAAUUUCGACAACGAAAACUGGGAGGAUACGUGGAUCUACAGCAAACAUCCUGGCAAGGAGUUUGGAAAAUUCGUCCUCACCCCCGGCACCUUCUACAACGAUGCUGAGGCCGACAAAGGUAUUCAGACUUCUCAGGACGCGCGAUUCUACGCGGCUAGCCGCAAGUUCGAUGGCUUCUCCAACGAGGACAAGCCCCUCGUGGUGCAGUUUUCCGUGAAACACGAGCAGAACAUUGACUGCGGCGGCGGCUACGUGAAGCUGUUCGACUGCUCCCUGGACCAGACUGACAUGCACGGCGAAUCGCCGUACGAGAUCAUGUUCGGCCCGGAUAUCUGCGGUCCUGGCACCAAGAAGGUCCAUGUUAUCUUCAGCUACAAGGGCAAGAACCACUUGAUCAGCAAAGACAUCCGCUGCAAAGAUGACGUGUACACCCAUUUCUACACGCUGAUUGUGCGACCGGACAAUACCUAUGAAGUGCUCAUCGACAACGAGAAGGUUGAAUCCGGUAACCUGGAGGACGAUUGGGACUUCCUGGCCCCCAAGAAGAUCAAGGACCCGUCCGCCACGAAGCCCGAGGACUGGGACGAUAAGGCCACCAUUCCCGACCCUGAUGACAAGAAGCCCGAGGAUUGGGACAAGCCAGAGCACAUCCCCGACCCUGAUGCCACCAAGCCCGAGGAUUGGGACGAUGAGAUGGACGGCGAGUGGGAGCCACCCAUGAUCGACAACCCCGAGUUCAAGGGCGAGUGGCAGCCAAAGCAGCUGGACAACCCCAACUACAAGGGAGCCUGGGAGCACCCGGAGAUCGCCAAUCCCGAGUAUGUGCCCGAUGACAAGCUGUAUCUGCGCAAGGAGAUCUGCACCCUGGGCUUCGACCUCUGGCAGGUCAAGUCGGGUACCAUCUUCGACAACGUCCUGAUCACGGACGACGUGGAACUGGCCGCCAAGGUUGCUGCCGAGGUUAAGGCCACUCAGGCCGGCGAGAAGAAGAUGAAGGAGGCUCAGGAUGAGGUGCAGCGCAAGAAGGAUGAGGAGGAGGCGAAAAAGGCGUCCGACAAGGACGAUGAGGACGAGGAUGAUGACGACGAGGAGAAGGAUGAAUCUAAGCAAGACAAAGAUCAAAGCGAACACGACGAAUUGUAAGGACGUUUAGGGAAAAUUACGUCGAAAAAUAUUCGGUAUUUUUUGUGUGUUGGUAACUGCUUUGAUGUUGUAAGCAAACGGAAACCACAAUUACAAUUUGUAAGACUUAUAAUUUAUAAACAAAA